GGUUUUGCACCGACGUCAGAGAAACAGAGCUGGUGCCGACUAAUGAUCCUCACCGUCCUCCUGUAUUUAACUCCGCGGCUUAACAUUACCUUUCAAACCUUUGCAACAGCAUUUACUGUUGUCUUUAAGUUUACACUCGCUAGUGACUAACAUAUAUGUUCUAGUAAUGUAAACUGUAUUGAAAUGCUUAGGGAACCGUAUUUCUCCUGAUAAUGUUGCUCGCAUUAACAUAGUAUAUAUGGCUAACGUAAAUGCAACAAACAUGUCUCCCCGCUAACAACUGGUGGUAUUCUGUUGCGUUCAAGUGUUCAGGUGUGGUGGUGAGCCCAUGGAGAAGCCAUCAUCUUCAGGCAGAGCAGCUCUGGAGGAGAGAAAAGGCCUGGUGGAGGAUAGCUGGGUGCUCAGAGGCGCUGAGGGUGGAGAGGUGGAUCCUCGGACUGCGAGGAAGAGCAGCUCCUCUCGUUCCUCGCGCAAGAGCUUCCGCUUGGACUACCGGCUGGAGGAGGAAGUGACAAAAUCCUGUCGGGAUAAAAAUGGCCGCUGGACAAACCCCUGGUCCACAUGGCGGUUUCCUUCCUACACCACCCUGCUCAGAUUCCUGCUGUUGGAUAAAAAUCACAGCAAUGUACCAACUAGUAAAGAGGCUCUGGACAAUGAGCUCCCAGUAAUGGAACCGUACUUUGUCCAGAACCCAGACCUGUCCGACUCUGGUCCCGGUCUGAGAGUCACCUGGCUGGGUCACGCCACAGUUCUGGUUGAAAUGGACGGGUUAAACAUCCUAACGGACCCAAUUUUCAGCCAGAGGGCCUCACCGUUCCAGUUCAUGGGGCACAAAAGGUAUCGAGGGCCCCCGUGCACUGUGGACCAGCUGCCAAGGAUCGACGCUGUCGUCAUCAGUCAUUCUCAUUAUGACCAUUUGGAUGCUGGAUCUGUGGCUAGCCUUAAUGCACGCUUUGGAGGGGAGCUACGCUGGUUUGUGCCCCUGGGCUUGAUGGACUGGCUGGUGAAGGUGGGCUGUGAGAAUGUGAUGGAGCUGGAUUGGUGGGAGGAGAACUGUGUGCCCGGUCAUGAUGAUGUCACAUUUGUCUGCACACCCUCUCAGCACUGGAGCAAACGCACUGCGCUGGAUGAUAACAAGUCUUUAUGGGGCAGCUGGUCUAUUUUGGGUCCAGACCAUCGAUUCUUCUUCGCUGGAGAUACCGGCUACUGCGCUUCCUUCCAGGAGAUCGGACGACGCUUUGGACCGUUUGAUCUCGCAGCAAUCCCCAUCGGAGCUUACAUGCCCAGGGAUAUGAUGCAGGGGCAGCAUGUAGAUCCAGAAGAGGCUGUUCAGGUUCACCAAGACCUUCAGGCCAAACAGUCCGUGGCCAUUCACUGGGGAACCUUUGCUCUCGCCUACGAGUACUACCUGGAGCCACCGGUUCGUCUCCGAGAGGCUCUGGAACAGAAAGGCCUGAAGCCAGAAUCCUUCUUCACUUUGCAUCACGGAGAGUCUCGACUCAUAGCUUCACAGGAAGGAGAUGUCUUUGAUUGAUUCUGUGUGUCUGUAACAAAGUGCAGAACAUUUUGUUUAGCAUUUUUUUUAAAUGGACAUUUGAAAUGCAUCUUAUCCCAACUGAAAACAGGAAUUCAAAUGUUCCACAAUACUGUUUACAAACUGAAUGUUUGCACUGUAACUCCACUAUAAAAACUAAUUGGAUUACUCGGGCAAAGAUCAGCGCCUCAUGAGAAACAUUUAAUAAUACAGUUGAAGUCUCAAAUAAGAUUUUAUAAUCACUAACGGAUCAUUUUUAUCCCAAAGAGUCAAAGCACCAGUUUAACAUUAGUCAUAUUUAGAGACUUUGCAGCUAAUGUUUCUAUGCAGUGAUGAGUUGUGUUGUUGUUGUUGUUGUCUGAACAGUCUCUUCAGAAAGCUCUCCGCUCUGAGGAGCACAGAUUUCUGGCCAAAAUGUGAGCAGAACUCCAACAGAUACAAUGACAAUGGUGCUGGUUCCAUGUUACUAUAGUAACCAGUGCUCUUGAAUGGCGAUAUUAAUGUAUGUAAAGUGUGUGUGUGUGGGGUUGAACCACAAACCUUCAGUAUGGAGACUGAUUCUGCUUCCUGUUGACACACGGCUGGAUUUUAAAAGUUCCUGUGAGCAAGAAACAAACCAUUAGAAUGUUAUUUAGACUAGUAUUGGUGCUAGCUAAUGCCACAAUACAAAAAAGGUAUUUCUCUGAAUGUACUCAAACUACAUGAGACACAGAAGUGUAAAAAGAAAUACUGCUGUCUGAUGUAAAUCACUACCACUGUAUGCUUAGAAAGUGCUGCUGAAGAGCAGUCAGAAGUUGAGCUGGGUUCAGCUUCAUGCACUGCAAAUGUUGUGCAUUGUUCCUGCUACCGAGAGAAACAGAAUCAUUGUAGUACUCAACCGUUUAUUUUGGUAUGUUAUCUUUAAAGGCUUGAAUGUACAAACAGUUGACUUCACAAUGUUAAGUUCCAUAACCCGGUUACAACUACAAUGCCAAACUGUUUCUUACACAUCAUCUGUGUCACUCCCAUUAAAUAUAACUUUCAUUUCAAAA